GAAACCUCAAGUACAAUAGGAUAUCUUACAGAAACGAAUCGAUAGGGAUGGAGGCUCUUUCAGAGGCGUUUCGUGCUGCCAACCUCAGUUACAGCUUCGCUAUUUCUCCUCAUCCUACCCAGAAGAGUACUUUUCGCUUGAUUCUCUCACGCCCCACCAAUAGGAAUCCGGAGUCUACUAUCUUUCUAUCCAUUGAUAUUUUUAUGAUUUCAAAUACUCCUGAAAUCAGCACAUUUGAGGCAAAAGUGGAGAAUAUGCUUUGGAGGUUACCCUUCACCGUAAAAGAGGGACGUUUAAAGGGAUUUUCGGAAUCCUAUAUGGACAAGAUUUGGUCCCAGAAAGAGGCCUCUAGGAUGAUCCAAAUGUACCUUUAACUUAUAGCCACCGACUAGGUGGGACAGCAACCAUGUAAAACGGCAAGCUACAAGUAUAGCUUUUACCGACGACAUAUUAUAA